AGGAAGAAGGCAGCACCAUGAGCCAGACAGUGACCAUUCAGGAGCCCAGGACUAACGUUCCGGGGUUUCUGUUCCAGUGCAGAGAUGUGUUGAGGGCCAAGGGCAGAUCGGCCACUCGAGUGUACGAUUUCCUGUACGACCCGUUAUUUAUUGUGUCGAGCGAACGAGACCAUGCACAGGCCAACAUCCAAGCCACCCUGGUUCGAAGCAGACUGAAAAAAGUCCCCAACUUUCGGUCCAUGUUCAGUAACCUGUUUCAUCAUCCAAGAUACUCUAUGUACUGGAGCAAGUCAGACCCUGUCCCACCGCACGUCUCUCGAGAAUGGAGGGGACAAGAAGCCAAACACAAAGAAGUUCUCCGGCUUCGUGCUGCAGUGGAUGCCUCUUUCCAGAAGCCAGAAGAAAAGUAUGAAGAUGCGGAUGUCUCUGGAAAGAACCGCUAUAAGUUCUUUGACAGGCCCUACCUGCCUUUUCUUCAGCCGUUGCCGCUCAAUGUCGUUUUAUCAACAGCCAAGACAGGACCACUUCUUCUCUCUCCUGAAUCUUCCAAGUACUCAAUCAUGCCUACCAAGUCCACCGUGGGCACUCAGACUGACUACCGGGACGCAGACAUUCAAACAGACCCGUACUCUCCAGAAUACGUUGUGUGUCAAGACACCAUUCCUGAGCUCUUGACCCUGGCUAACCUGACCUGGGGCCGAGGUCUCCCAGCAGGACUGGCCGAAGUGGAAAUGAUAGAGCGCGCCCGGGAGAAGCGAGCUUGGGAAGCCACUCUGCCCCCACUGAGUGACAGCUUGCAGGCUGAGAAGAGGAGGAAGAUGAUGAACGCCAUGGAGAGGAAGGAGUGGGCCUUCAGAGAAGGGGAGAUCGAAAAACUGCAGGAACUGCGCCUGGAGGUUUUGAAACAGUUGCUGAAGAGGCGUGAGGAGAACCAGAAUGAGAUAGACAUGAAGCACCUGAACAACCAGUGGUGUGAACUGCAGGAAAAGAAGGAGGCCAAAAUAUCGCAGAUCCAUCACAGACAUGUAUCAAACAUCAGGAAACUCGUGGGCAAAGCGAAGAACAUAGAAGGGAAGCUAAAGCGCAGAGACAUCAUCAAGGAGUAUUCCAACUUCGCGUCUCAGGUCUACGGACCUCUGUCUCGCCUUGGCCGUUUCCCAGACAACAACUCAGAGGACUUCGUCGUCAGAAAUCACUAUCUCAACACCUAUGAAGGAUUAAUGGAACUUGAAGCGUCCCUUCCUGACUUUGUGACGCAGCCGAGGAUCCAGGCUCCAAGGCCUAAAGUCAUUACCACCAAGGCCGGCUUCCUGAAGAGGAUGGCCAGGACUGACUACGAGCUGGCAGAGAUUCACAAGGCACUGUUGGAUAAGAAGAAUAAAGGUCCAGAAGGACCGAAACCUCUGCGAUUCCUGCAAAGAAAUCCCAUCCCUCAGCCUCGGCUUCCAACCCCCUCUUUGGAGAUGGCUUCCUAUGAAGAAGGAGAAAUAGAAAUGGCUAUCAUCUACUUGCAGAAGUUACUCCGGGGCAGAGUCGUGCAGAACAUGAUGUUUGAGGGUAAGGAGAAGCGACUGGAGUUGAUCAUGGAAUUGCGCACCAGCCACGCCCUGCAGGAGGAUGACAAGCUAGUGAAGAAAGCAGAGAAGCAAGUGACCCUGGCUCUACAGCGGCAGAGGAACCUGCACGAGGACAAGUUGUCAGUGCUUGAAAACCACUUGGGAGACCUGGAAGGAAGAGUGCUGGCGGAUAUGUUCGACUUCCUGUCCAAAGAGCUGGUGAGGCUGCAGGAGGAGAGGAGGAUCCACGCCUUCGCCAUGCUGGCCGAGCGCCAACGGCGCAUGCGAGAGGCAGAAGAGAGCGGUCGGCGCCAAGUGGAGCAAAGGCGCCUGAAGCAGGAGGACCAGAUAUUUAUGGAGGUGAUUAAAGUACACCAAAGUACAGUGACCUCCUACCUGGAAGACAUCAUACUGACCACUGAAGAGAGAACUGCAGAGGAGCAAGCCAGGGAAGAAAUUGAGAAGAUCGCCCAGGAGAUCAACAAUAUCGCUUAUGAAAUGGAGAACCGCCGAACGAAUCUUCAGUCAGAGGAGAUUGUUGCCGAGCUGGUGUACAGUUUUCUCAUCCCAGAGGUACAAAAAGACUUUGUCAAAGAGAAAGUGAGGAACGCACAGCGGAAGCACAUUCUAGCAGCCCAUCAGAUCAUUCACAGCAACACGGAAUCCAUGCUCCACCAACACGCCAUUGAGGAAGAGCAGAGGUCGUUCCUUGAGCAGGCUGAGACCUCAAACUCUGACGCGCCAACUCUCUCAGUCUCUGACGCGCCAACUCUCUCAAUCUCUGACGCGCCAACUCUCUCAGUCUCUGACGCGCCAACUCUCUCAGUCUCUGACGCGCCAACUCUCUCAGUCUCUGAUGCACCACCUAUCUCAGUCUCUGAUGAGCCUCCUCCCUCAGUCUCUGAUGAGCCUCCUCCCCCAGUCUCUGAUGAGCCUCCUCCCCCAGUCUCUGAUGAGCCUCCUCCCCCAGUCUCUGAUGAGCCUCCUCCCCCAGUCUCUGAUGAGCCUCCUCCCCCAGUCUCUGAUGAGCCUCCUCCCCCAGUCUCUGAUGAGCCUCCUCCCCCAGUCUCUGAUGAGCCUCCUCCCCCAGUCUCUGAUGAGCCUCCUCCCCCAGUCUCUGAUGAGCCUCCUCCCAGUCUCUGA